CCAAUGUUCACCCCAUCCUAAGAUUUUGUAUCAUUUCAUUUCAUAGAGUUUACACUCUAAUAAUCACUUAAACCCAAAAUCCAAAUAAUUUGAUUCAAAAAUGUGCAGUUUAGAGAAGAAAGGAAACAUCUUCAUCCUAACACUAACCGGCAACGAUGAACACCGUCUCAACCCCACACUUCUCAAUUCAAUCAAAUCCGCCCUUCACCGUGUCCGUCAACAAGCCACCACCUCCUCCGUCCUCAUCACCACCGCACACGGAAAAUUCUUCUCCAACGGUUACGACAUCGACUGGGCACAAGACAACAAAUCACGCAUCAUCCUCAUCGACGAUCUCCUUCGUUCCGUCGUCUCCGAACUUCUCUCUCUUCCCAUGCCUACCAUCGCCGCCGUCACCGGUCACGCAUCCGCCGCAGGUUACAUCCUCGCAUUAUCUCACGACUACGUGUUAAUGCGAUCCGAUCGUGGAUUUCUCUACAUGAGUGAGCUUGACAUCGAUCAUGUGAUUCCGGCGUGGUUUAUUGCGAUUGUUGAUGCGAAGGUUGGUGAUGCUGCGGCGAGGAGGAAGAUUGUGAUGCAGGCGGCGAAGGUGACGGCGAAGGAGGCGGUGAGAUUGGGGAUUGUUGACUCGGCGCAUGAUAGCGUGGAGGAAACGGUUAAGGCUGCGGUUGAAUUGGGUGGUAAUUUGGUGAAACGUGGAUGGGAUGGACACGUGUAUGCUGAGAAUAGGAAGAAGUUUUUGGGUCAUGUGGUUAAGGCUGUUGGAGAUGUUAGUGAGAGGAAUAUUGAAUCCAAACUUUAGUGACUUUAAAUUUGUGUUUGUGUUUGUGUUGUUGGGUUCAGUUUAGUUCACUAGAAUAUUAUGAAUAAUAUGAUCUCAUUAAUGUAGUGAAAAUAAAACAAAGGAAAAACUUUUCCCACAUGCUAAAUCAUUUUGGAUGUACACAUUAGAAAAAAGGCUUAAUUGCACUUUUGAACCCCUAUUUUUCCAAAAGUUGCGGUUAUGGACCCCUAACUAAUUUAAAUACAAAACAGCCCCCUAUGUUUUGAU